AUGGGGAGAAAGAUCAGAACAAACCUCCCUACUUUGGAGAAAAAUCUUAAUCCGAAGUGGCCCAACAAAAAGAUGGUGCUAAAAAAAGAUGCUGUAGAGAAGGCUAGACAAGCCUUCUACUUCAAUCGCCGCCAUGGGGUCAGACCGCUUCCCCCACUGCGUCCGGGCGAUGCAGUCGUCGCCAAGUUGGACCAGGAUAAAGCUUGGGUGACACCAGCAACUGUUUCCAGUGAGUGCGUUACCCCGCGAUCGUACAUUCUCAAGACACCUCAAGGAGUAAUGUUUCGUCGCAACCGUCGUCAUCUCCGUACGGAUUACUCUGCGCCGAUAGACAUUGCUCCUCUUCCUCAACCCACAGAGACCGCGGUGGCUGCGCCAAUCCAGCCAACUGGUUUCUCCGACCCAGAGACUAUGCCCUUGGUGUCUGCUCCUGCUGAGACAUGCACACCUACGAACUCUCACUCUCCGGUGUGUACCAGGUCCGGUCGUGUGUGCAGACCUGUCAAGAGACUGGACCUGUAG